CGCAGAACUGAAAGCAGGUAGAGGCACUUCCUGCAGGCAGAAUUAAAGAGAGAGAAAGGGAGUUCUCCUCUGAUCUCCCUCAAAAACCAAUCAGGCCAGAUUAGCCAGGCGUUGAUUCUCCCUCCGUCCCUCCUACACCUUUUUCAGAGGCCCAAUGGCCUUGUCCCUUUGGGAGAUUGACUCCAGUCACAUGAGCUGCACCAAGGGCAGGUAACUCAGGAGAGGGGAAGGGGAAGAAAAAAAAAAGGAGAGGAAAAAAAAACCACCAAGGCUAGGCUGAGCUUCUGCCAUGAUGUCAGAGGGAAAGAAACCCACAGCUUGCUAAUUCCACCUCCCAAUCAGCCCCGGGAAGGAGAGCACCGGGAACAGUUGUUUCCCCCUGUGGUCAUGACGGCUUCGCACAGUGACUCUUUGGUGGUGUUGUUUGGGGCAACAGCUGGUGCAUAUGGGGCUAAACUGGGUUCGGAUGAGAGGGAACUAAUUCUCUUGGUGUGGCAAGUUGUGGAUCUACACAGCAAGAAGGUAGGGACACUACACAAAUCCCUGGUGAAAGCAGACAACUUGGACUUAAGUGAGCAGUGUCGCGAAGUCAGUGCCUUAACGCCAGAGGGACUGAGCAAAGCAGAACCGCUGGACCGGGUUCUUCAACAGUUUAGUCAACUGGUAUCCAGUGAUUUGAAAGUACUUGGAAGGAGCUCUUACACCCUCUGCAGCGAUGGCCAGUUACUCAUUCGACAAGUCCUCCACCCAGAAACAUCCAAAAAGAACCUGCCCCUGUCAGACUGUUUCUAUUCCUUCUACGACCUGCGCAAAGAAUUCCGCACCUGCUACCCCAGCGCAGCCUCGGGGAAGGACCAGACCAUCAGGAGCAUGGCAGAAUAUCUAGGCUUAGGGACAGAUGAAGCAGAGGAGGACUUUGGCGUGUGGCAAGUGAAAACCAUGGUGGCCAUCAUUUUCAGCAUGCUCUCUGAAGGUUGUAAUCACGUAUUUACUGAACCUGAAACUGUGAAAUACAAGUAUGAAACAGGCCCUUGUAGUAAAUCUGAAACUGUGGACAGUGAGACAGUAAUACGUGCCAGAGGUUUGCCAUGGCAGUCUUCAGACCAAGAUAUUGCUCGAUUCUUCAAAGGACUCAAUAUUGCCAAAGGUGGUGUGGCUCUUUGUCUGAAUUCUCAAGGAAGAAGAAAUGGGGAGGCCUUGGUUCGGUUUGUCAAUUCUGAACAGAGAGACCUUGCACUGGAAAGGCACAAGCAUCACAUGGGCAGCAGAUAUAUUGAGGUUUACAAAGCAACUGGGGAGGAAUUCUUAAAAAUUGCAGGAGGCACCUCCAACGAAGUGGCCCAGUUCUUAUCCAAGGAGAACCAAGUUAUCAUCCGGAUGAGAGGCCUCCCAUUCACUGCCACACAGGAGGAUGUGCUGGGGUUCCUGGGGCCGGAGUGCCCAGUCACAGGAGGGAAAGAGGGACUUCUCUUUGUCAAGUACCCAGAUGGCAGGCCCACAGGAGAUGCAUUCGUGUUAUUUUCCUGUGAAGAAUAUGCACAGAGUGCACUUAAAAAGCACAAAGAAAUACUUGGAAAACGUUACAUAGAACUCUUCAGGAGCACAGCAGCAGAAGUCCAACAGGUACUCAAUCGAUACAUGUCAACACCUCUCAUCCCAACCCUGCCAGCUCCCAUCAUCCCAGUCAUCCCCCCACCCUACACCAUCGCCACGGGCAGUGUCCGCGACUGCGUCCGGCUCCGAGGGCUCCCCUACACCGCGGGCAUCGAUGACAUCCUGGAAUUCAUGGGAGAUGCCACCGGGGACAUCAAGCCCCAUGGAGUUCACAUGGUCCUUAAUCAACAGGGACGACCAUCAGGUGAUGCUUUUAUCCAGAUGAAAUCUGCUGACAAAGCCUUUAUGGUGGCUCAAAAAUGUCACAAAAAAAUGAUGAAGGACCGUUAUGUGGAAGUAUUCCAGUGUUCAGGAGAGGAGAUGAACUUUGUUUUAAUGGGUGGCACUUUAAAUCGUAGUGGCUUGUCCCCACCGCCAUGUAAGUUACCAUGUCUCUCUCCACCAGCUUAUGCUGCUUUCCAGACAGCAGCUGUGAUUCCAGCAGAGGCAGCACUGUACCAGCCACAAGCCCUCUUGCCAACCACCAGGACUCCCCAGGCCUCUGCAGCUGCUCCUCCAACUGUUACCUACUACCCAGCUCAGGCUGCUCAGCUUUAUAUGAAUUACACAGCUUACUAUCCCAGCCCUCCAGUGUCUCCUACCACAGUGGGGUACAUUGCAGCUCCCCCAGGAGCUGUAGCUGCUGCUGCCUCUGCCAGCCACACUCCGCUCCUGCCCCAGCCCGGGGCGCUGGUCCGGAUGCAGGGCCUGCCCUACAACACAGGAAUGAAGGAGAUACUCAGCUUCUUCCAGGGCUACCAGGUCUGAGCCUGAGCUCUGACAACUUUGACUUUCUGGGCAGGAUAGUUUUCCCACUUUCAUGUUUUCAACAUUGUUUAUUGCAUUUCAAGCGUAACCUUUGAAAUACUGUCCCUCACAAGAGCCUGUAGAUCUUUGCCUACUGUACAUCUACUGAUAAUCUAAAGUAUGUACUAUCUUGAGACAUUCUUUCCAAAGAGUAAACUUACAUUUUGUAGAUUUGUUUCAAGGGCAGGUCUGGGAACUGAUAAAUCUAAUAUUUGCACGGUCUGGUUGCCCUAGCAGAGACUAUCUAGAAAAUACUUCUUAUAUUUGUCUUCUACUUAAUGGCGUGGGUCUAGAUGUGAAGGUGACUAGAAUUCAGUAGUAAAAAUUCUGGGAGGUUCUUUUCUUUUAUGUUCUCUGGGCUCCUGGUUAUUGUUCUCUGUGAAAGGUGUAUACUGGCUGUUUAUUUCUUUUCAACUUCCCUUUGGAUGGAGACAAUGUGUCCUGUAUCCCCAAAUAUAACACCUUUUUCUCCCUAAGCUGGCAGGAGACUUUUUGUAUUAUAGAAAUAUCAAAGGAAGGCAGCAUAGUACAUCCAUACCGUGUGCAUUUGGCAAUCAUCUAAAAUGUUAGUGCAAAACAGCCAUUUUGCAGGGCAGGAAAACCUUCUUGCCACCAAAAGGAUAUUCAAUAAUUUGUGUUAUGCUGCACACUUUGUCUUCUGGAUUAUAGGAGCCACUCAAGUACUCUUUGCAGCAUGUGCAAGAAUUCUCAGUUCUUUUCCAGGAUAUAUAAUUUGGCAAGAUUGAGAUAAAAACAAUGUUUCAUAUUCCCCAAGAUGUGUUUUCUGACUAUAUGUUUUAUAUUUGUACCAGGCCAAUAGUAUGUGUGAUUACUGUUCAGAUUCAGGACCUCAAGUAAUUCUUAGAUCUGGUACUAUAUGAGGUUUUUGUUUUGAUUUGUUGGUGUGACUGUACUGUAUAGUCACUAUUUUUAUUUUAAUAUACUACUUCUACAAAUCUAUCAUGAUGCAGUUACACUGAAUCAUUUAUUGCUUUUUUCUGUGUAGAAAUAUACCACACUGGUAUAAAUUUUAUCUUGUAGGUGCAUUCAUGCCAGGACACUGAUUUUCUUUAAUUGCAUUGGUGUAGUCUGUGUAGUGCAAGCAUUAUAUGCAGUUAAAGUGUUUAUCACUCUACCCUAGAGAAGGUGCAGUUUAUUUCCAUAGGUACAUCAAAGGUCUGAAUGAGAUCCAUACACUUCUGCCAAUGCCCCACUUCAGUGUGCAGGCUGGGAGAUGCUCAUCUGCCCCAGUGAGAGCCAUCACUGCAGGUGUGAUUAUGCUCCUGCAAACCUGAAGAGUUUGGUUACCUGAUGCUGCCAUCUCAUGAGUAGAAGGGGAAAAAAAGGAGCACUUUAUGAUCUGAGCUAUUUCCCUUCCUCGAUAAGGAACAGUUCAAAUACAGUUCAGAAUUUUCCCCAUGAGCAUUUAUUUUAUAUCUAUUCCUACGACCAGUAAUACAGUCGAUGUACUUUUUUUUUUUAAUCUUGCAUAAAAAUAGCAUCUGUCAAAUUCACUGUCUCCUGCCAGUUAUUAUAGCUGAUGCUCUUAAUUAUGGUUGCAAAUGAUCACGUGUGUGGCUUGCUGUAGCAGGACUGUUCCUUCCCUUGCUGACUGUCCCGUGUCACAUUGU